AUGAAGCCAAAUACGCACCUGCUGCUCAGUUUCCCCGUUGGGUUUCAAGCGUCUAAGAAUUCCUUGAGGCGCAUGAGCGAGCACCUUUCACCAAGAAUGAUGUCUAUGAAUUCAUCAUACAGCAUUGCCUUUAUGAAGAAAGAUCCAACUGGCGGAACAGCCUCUGUCCAGACAUUCUCUCCUUACAGCCCGUCCCGGGCAUUCAGAAACGAACUCGAAAGAGCUGAGGCGCAAGAACGGAGAUUAGAAGAGCAGAGACUGGCAGCGCAUGUCAAAGCUCGGGAGGAUGUUCAGCGGUUUACACAAUAUUCAAUGGGUACGGCUCCUAAUUGGUUCAUGUAA